UCGCUUUUUAUUUACCGUGCGGGUUGUUCUUUUUAGUAGCUGUUUUCUUGCAAGACAAAAUUCAUGGGUGGUCCUUUUUCCUUUUAGUGCUUUUAAAGAAAAUUAUUUGCGGUAGUGUAUACGAAAAUGUUGCAGGUUGAAUAUUUACCAGCAAAACUUACUGACUGAUUUCUUUUUUUGUGUGAAUGUAUUGUCGAUUAUCUCAGAAAUGUUAAAACCUUAAGUUCACCGCAGUAAUUGUUGCCAAUGAUUUAAGUAAAGUGAGCGUAGGUGCUAGCAGCAAACGAAGCAAAUAACAAAUUAAAAUUGCUCGUGCUCGGGCUUUGCAUUUAGUAAUUAGUCAAUUGAUAUGCACAUCAGGAAUCACCUCAAUGAAAUUAACGAGUUCUUUUGUCUUAUUGCUCUGAGUGGUCAGCAACUUGGUGCUCUGCAUUCAGUCAAGCUGGAAGCCCCAAAACUAUUAAUAAUCAAUAGCGAAUGAAGUAGCUUAGCUGGAGUCGUAGUUUCUUAACGAAUCGGAAAACGUAGAAAUCAAGCUACUAGCGCAUACAGUGUCUCAAUGGAAUCGUUACUAUAUCAAAGCGAAAGAUAGCCGUACGCAAGUUUCGUUUUUAUUUUGUCACAAUUGAAGGAUGACAUCCCUUUUUGUGUUACUCGUUCUCACGGUGUUAUCUGGCCAACAUGGACAUGCAAAGGAAUUCAGCCAGUCAACAAAUCAGGUAACACAACCUGACGCCGCUCCGCGACUGGAAUCAAUCAAUGGAACGCAAAACUUUCGGAUGCAUGGAAAAAAAGGUAAAGAUGACAAAACCUGGUUCGAUGGUCGCGAAAUGCGGUACAUUUACUGCGUCCGACCGGCCACAUGUGAGCCAAUUAGGCACAAGUCCUGCCUCGGAUCACCGCUGCCAUACUCGUCAAUCAGCUUAGAUUUAACAGAUUCAUUCAGCCAAGAGCAAACUCAUGACAAGCUUUAUCAAUACAAUGCUUUACGGCACGUGCCGAAAUGUUGGGCUGUCAUUCAACCGUUUCUAUGUGCGGUUUUUACGCCGAAAUGCGAAAAAAUUAAUGGACGUGAUAUGGUUUAUCUGCCUUCGUUGGAAAUGUGUAAAAUUACCCUCGAGCCAUGCCGGAUUUUGUAUAAUACCAGCUACUUUCCGGAAUUUCUGAAAUGCAACGAAACAUUAUAUCCGUCCAAGUGCAACAAUGACGUUCGAGAGGAAAUGAAAUUCAAUGCUACUGGACAAUGUUUAAAGCCGCUUGUGGCAGCUGAUUCACCGGCGAAUUUUUACAAAGAUAUUGAUGGUUGCGGUUUGCAGUGUAAAGAUCCCCUGUUCACUGAUGAUGAGCAUCGACAGAUUCAUAAACUCAUAGCAUGGGGAGCAGGAGUGUGCCUUACCUUUAAUCUGUUCACUAUCGCUACGUUUGUUAUUGAUUGGCGCAACACGAAAAAGUAUCCUUACGCGUUGGUGAUUUUCUAUAUUAACUUCUGUUUUAUGGUGGCUUGUUUGGGUUGGUUAGCCCAGUUUACGCCCGGCGGAUGGGAAGAUAUUGUAUGCCGCAAAGAUGGAACACUUCGCAGCUCAGAGCCGAGCGCUGGUGAAAACCUGUCCUGUAUAGUGGUCUUUAUUUUAGUUUACUAUUUUUUAAUCGCUGCUAUGGUGUGGUUUGUGAUAUUCACGUAUGUGUGGCACCGGUACUUCAAGGCUAUUGGUAAGAUUCAGGAUCGUUCGAUACGAAAAAAUGGAUCAUAUUUCCAUCUAAUUGCGUGGUCAUUGCCGCUAGUGCUGACGAUUACAAUCAUGGCUCUGAGUGAGAUCGAUGGUAAUAGUACGGUAGGAAUUUGUUUUGUAGGGUAUCUAAAUCAUCCCAUUCGGGGAGGUUUUUUGUUGGGACCGGUAAUCUGUGUACUGUUUAUUGGUGGAUACUUUCUUAGUAGGGGAUUGGUUACACUUAUUAAGUUGAAAAUCUCGAGCAAGGAGAUCAUUCCUGCUAGUUUUAGUAAAAAGAUCAGACAAACGAUUGUUCGAAUGGGCAUAUGCACUGUUUUCACUUUCAUCUUCAUUUUUGCAACGCUAUGUUGUCACAUGAAUGAAUUUAGAAACAGUGAAAACUGGUCUCUUGCUUUAAAAAAUUACAUCAUUUGCCAGAUUUCUUCCACUUACACCGACGUGACAAGCUCGUGUAAGAUCCAGAACCGACCAAGUGUUGCCAUUUUACAGAUCCAUCUGAUAUGCCUGUUUGCAUCAGGUAUUGUUAUGUCCUCGUGGGUUUGGACCAACUCGACUUUGAAAACAUGGGGACGGUAUUUUCGGAGGCGCUUCGGAUCCGACAUAGAGGAACCGGUGAAGCUGCAGAAGCAUAAAGUUAUUGCACAAGCUUUUGCCAAGCGGAAAGAGUUCCAAAAUCAUGGGCGACUGUCGAUUUCAUUUCACAAUUCCUACACGGAUCCGGUUGGAUUAAAAUUUGAUAUGAACUCCGCUAUGGGAAGUCAUGAUCUAAGCUCGACUUGGGCUAAUUAUUUGCCACGAUUUGUGAACAGACGGUAUGCGCUGACCGGUGCAGCGACUAGUUCAAGUCAUGAUCCAAGGAAAAAUUCGGUCGAUUCGGAGAUAAGCUUCAGUGUCAGGCACGUCUCAGUAGAAUCAAGAAGAAAUUCGAUCGAUUCGCAGGUUUCGGUGAAAAUCGCAGAAAUGAAAACAAAGGUGGCAAGUCGGAGCCGAAGCGGAGUAAGUAGUAGCAAACAUCAUCAGCAUCAGCACAAAAAUAGACACCAGCGGAGACGCGAUUUCACUUCCGCUUCGGGGCGACGAUACAGCCGAAAAGAGAGUAGCACCUCUGUUGAAUCUCAGAUCAUUACAGCAAUUCAAAAGGGGAGACAUUCUUCAAGCGGUAACAGCCAAUUUUUUGGAGCAACUAAUAUGCAGCGAAGAACUGGAAUUGGCGGAAUGGAUGCUGAUCAAAUCAAUGAUUUCAUCUCCAACGGAAAGUUGUUACUCCCGUUUUUGCAUCAGUCUGGAUUGACAUCUUCAGAAGAUGAUAAUGGCUCGAAUGCCUCAUUUAAAGUACAGGAUGCCAAGUUCGAUGUGAUCCUUAAACAAAUUGGGGGAGCACACGGUUCGAACAACAGAUCAGACACACACAACGCCGGCUGUCAAAUCGAAGAAUAUCGCUCUAGUGAUGAUGAAAGUAGAGGCGCACGAACGCUCUCUACUCGAGAAGAUUUUUCCACUAUUCAUAAAGAUGGUCUCAGAAGCAGCAAGGAAGGGGGACGCACCAGCAAAAAUAGUUCCAAAAGCGUUCGCAGUAAAAAAUCGUCACGCCAAGGCACAAUACGAAAGUCACAAAAGCAUUCGCGAGCUAGUCAGAAGAGUCAGCGACAAAAUGACAAGAAAGAAAAAGCGAGAGAACGGGAACGGGAAAAGGAACGCGAAAAAGAGAUUGAACUUAUUGAACGGAAUAAUAUAACCGAUUUCAAUGAUUCUUCCUUUACCUCCUACUGCUCGGAAUUAUCGCCGCUGAACGUGAAUAGUUCCUACUCGGGUGUAUCAAUGACCAAAACUAACUCACGCAAUUCCAAACGCAGUUGCGAUGUAGGCAUUCAGGCAAAUGCCGAUGAAAUUGCCACUCAAACCAUGUCCUCAUUUGAGUUCUCCGAAAAGGCUAUCAAAAAUGAAGAAAAUGAAGAUAUAUAUACCGAAAACCAUUCACUGCUAAGUCCGAAAGUUAUGUGCCACAUGGGGUCUGUGCGAAAGCGUGAAUAUGUCGACGUCAGUUUAACUGAGGCGGAAAAACUCAAGUUACUGCUGCUGCCAUCCAAGUAGAGCAAAGGUAGAAAUCUCAACUGUAAUUAUAUAUUGAAGAAUACUCGUUGCGGAGUAGAAUUUCAACAACGACUUUUACGAUUAUUUUAUUGAAUAUAAAAUACAAAAUCGAACUAAAGUAGUGUUUAGGGCGUAGAUCGUUAACUAACCAGAUAGUUAAAAAGCAGUAACUAUUACUAUGUUAGUUGUCUAUUUACCACGUGAAAAUAGUAACAACUCAGUCGUUAGCAGAUUCCAUUUUGUGGAAGAAGACUAACAUUGAAAAAGGUGCCUUUUUGCAUUGAACAAUUUAACAUUUUAAUGAUAGGAUAAGAAUAUACAUUUUUUACCUUUUAUAGGCGGCCUCUAAAUACAAUAAGAAUCUGAGCACAAGCAUUUAAUGUCGAUAGGUACCAGUAUUGACUUGGUAUAAUUUUAUUUGUCUAUAAUUGUUCAGAAAUUUACAACGUUAAUAAAAAGAGUUGCACUCAAUGCAACAUCACCAUAUUAUGCAGUAACACAUCACAAGUUCGAAAAGUUUUUGUGCCACGAUAUAUCUAUAACACUAAAUUCAACUAUACAGUGCAGUGAGGCAAAGGCAACAAUUAAACUGCACAUCACUCUCCUUGCAUUUAUUUCAGCUGGUUUACUGUUGUGACGUUGUGAGAGGUAAAGCAUAGAGCGUUUGAUAGUGACAGUAAUCGUUUAGUUAACGAUGAAAGUAACUGUGCGUCACGGCAUUUGUAAUAGUGGUUUUUCGAUUUUCUUCGCCUUUAAAUGUUAAAAUUUUAUAAGAGGUAACAAAUUCAUUACAACACAUAACAGCAAAAUGCUACCUAAAUGAGACUGAUUGAUAGUGGUGGAAAAAUAAUAAAAAUAAAAUCAACCGGCAUGAAAGUAAUUGUACUAAAAAACAUCCCAAACGAUGCACAACGGAUGUCCGAUACGUGUAUUGUUUAUGAGGCAAUCAAAAUUCAAAUCGUUACAAUGUAUUUUUAUAUAAAAUUUAUUCUCACCGGCUUAAAGUCCAUCGAAAAAAAAAAACACAAAAUAAUACUCCAGCAGGCAUUUAGCUGAACAAAGUAAAAAACUAUAUAUUGUACGUAGCAUUCAACUAAGAUAAGAUUUUUUAUUGGAACAAAAAAAAAACGAUUUUUUAAAGAA